AUGGAGCUGCACAAUCAGUCUGAUCUUAAUCCAUCUGAAUCCGUGCACAAGCUGGAUAAUUUGCAAAGCGAGGAAGCUAUUUUGCCAAAGACAGGGCCGGAGAAAAAGGAUCCCUUUGGAGAUGAGAGCCAGACUGGUGUGAAGUACAAGACCAUGGCUUGGUGGCAAGCCGGCAUGAUCAUGAUUGCGGAGACCAUAUCGCUUGGGGUUCUCUCGCUGCCAAAGGCACUUGCCACACUAGGUCUUGUUCCGGGCAUCCUGACCAUCCUCGCUAUCGGAGUCAUCUCGACAUAUACCGCAUACACCAUUGGGCAAUUCAAACGCCGUCAUAUGCAGGUUCACAGCAUGGCUGAUGCUGGUGAUCUCCUGAUUGGAAGAGUCGGACGCACGACACUUGACAUUGCUCAGCUUGUCUUUUUUAUUCUGGUCAUGGGGAGCCACGUCCUCACCUUUUCGAUCAUGAUGAAUGUCCUCACCGAACAUUCUUCCUGUACUGUGAUCUUUUCCGUUGUUGGUUUACUAGUAUCAUUCUUGCUGACCCUUCCACGGCGACUUGAGAAGCUUUCUCACAUCUCCUAUGUGAGCUUUGUCAGUAUCAUUGGAGCGGUAGUCACAGGCAUGAUUGGAGUCGCUCUUGUCAAGACAGGAUCUACUCAUACCCCAAGCUUUUCGUCCAAGCCCAAAGUGCACGAUGCAUGCCUUGCUGUUGCAAAUGUCAUUUUUGCAUACGCCGGUCAUGUUGCAUUCUUCACACUCUUCUCGGAGCUCAAAGAGAUCAAAGACUUUCCCAAAGCUCUCGCGCUGCUUCAGUUGAGUGAAAUGGUCCUGUACACGGUCUCGGCCAUUGUGAUAUAUGUACACGUUGGACCUGCUGUCGCCUCGCCCGCUCUCAAUUCUGCAGGGGACUCGUUUCGCAAAAUUUCUUAUACCAUUGCACUUCCUACGAUUGUGAUUGGGGGCGUGGUAAAUGCCCAUGUCGCGGUCAAGUUCAUAUAUGUUCGUGCUUUCCGAGGGACCAGCUCGAUACACAGUCAGUCAUUCAUGACACGAGCUGUGUGGGCCAUGAUCUGUGCGGUGCUUUGGAUCUUGUCCUGGAUCAUUGCCGAGGGGAUCCCAGUCUUCAACGAUGUACUAGGGCUUGCCGUGUGUACUGCCUAUCCACUUUCACGCAAGAGCAACGAGUACUGA